GAAGAACUGUAGAUUGUUAGGACCAAAAGUACUAACAGAUACAAUUGAAAAUGAGGUACUUAAGAGUACCAAAGACAAAACUAAUUGAGAGAACGGUAAAAACGGUACUCUAGUCGAAUACUUUAACUGAAAUGAAUUCAAUUAAAGUGAAAACAGUAGUCUUGAUACGUAAUAAACGAUCAAAACAAUGAAAUUUACUCAACGAGGAAAAUGCUUUUUUUGGGGAAAAUCUCAAAAUAGCCCUAAAAUUGGGUAUAUAUCUCUCAAUUGAUAUGUCUCUCACAUAGGGUCUUUUUUAUAUAAUCGUAAAUCUAUUUUAAGCUGUUUUUUGUGUGAAUUGGGAUUUUUUCCGUAACAGUCAUUGCCUCCAUUUCUAACUUCAUCGUAUUCCAUACAUAUAUAUGUAUGGAAUACGCAUGUGUGGAUACACAUAUGUGUAUCUAUCCAAGGGCAACCAAUGUCAAUAAUUUAGUGGACAUACGUCGUACUGUUCCCUUUUUCGUUAACUUGCAGAAGUGUAAACUCAACCUGUAGUUGCCAAGAUGACGCAUGGAUGUUACUAUGCACGUAUUAGAAUAAGCUCUUCUGGUUAUUAGUAUACAAAGAUAGGUUUCAGAUGUCAAUGCUAACGCUCACGCUACCCAAAUUUACAAAUUCAGUUGUGAUUGACGAUUCAUCACUGGGAAAUAAUGCUAAUGAAACAGUAAUUUAAUUAACGUUAACUACGUGACAUUUUGGUCAAUUAAGACUUGUCGUUAAGGCACUUGAACCCUAGGUAGGUUUUGUUUGUUUUCUAAAAAUAGUACUCUUAGUAAGUCAAAAGAAAUCAACAGAUCUCGAAAGCCAUUUGAAAUGCAAUAUGUCCUAAUUAGAUACUUUAAAAGUAGCGUGCGACUUGCCUUACCAUUAAAUUACUUAUUCAAAGGCAUUUUCCUAUUCCACAAUUUCCUUGUCUUUAUUCUGGCGGAUUCAAAUUGUGACUAAUCUUUGAACUUAGAAGUGACGUUCGCAAUGCCUAGGUCUUAGUUAUUGGUAAAUUAUUCUGUUCUUAGGUCUGUAGAGGAGUCCCUGAUAGCACAGACUGGUUUUCAAAUUUACUGCUUGUCAUGUAGUGAUGGGGCCUUAUAACAAACGAUUCAUUUCGCCAGUUUCAACUUAUCUCCCUUUAGUCGUGGUAAUAUGGUGCAGUUCCAUAAUAUGUCAACCGCCUGAUUGUUUAGACAUGUUGAAUCUCGUAUAAGGUCUGGAAUUGUGAUGUUUAUUCUCAGUAGUUAGUCUUUGUCAUAUUUGAGUCAAAAUGAUCCAGUCAGUCAACAUUGUUAACGAAGAGUGCGUUUGUAAUAGAAAUAAUGACAUUUGUAAAAUUUCAAUCAGUAAAACAUUGUAUUUGUGACGUCCUCCAACCUAGUUGGUUCUUCAGAAAAUAAAUCAAGUUAAACUGACUCAAGUCCAAAUAGAACAAAGUAAACAAGGCAGAGUAUUUGUAUUACAAUCAAAGUUAAGACUUAUCCAAGCAUGUUACGGUUAUGUAGUUUCAGGCACGGUAAUUCUUCGUGAGAAUUACUUGUAUGUACAUUAAUUAGCGGGGAAAAUGUGAAACUUGUUAUGUGGAAGUAUGCUCACUUUUUAACUGCUCGUUUUCAGCAAUUUCUUCAUGAAAAGUAAGCUCAAUAAUUUAUUUUUGUGAAUAAGUCAUUACAAGCUACUCUAUAAUUCUAGGGAUUUAUCAUAUCUGGAGUUGUAACGUGUAUAGUUUACAGUUGACAUUAACUAUACAUGCCCAUUCAAUUUUUAUCUCUACAUUGCAAGAACUAUUUGUCUAACAGUUAUUCAAACUCUUAAAUCUUAGUGCCAUAGUAUUUAUCUUGGUCAAAAAUAAACGUCAAGCUGUGAAGACAUUAAAUGUUGAGUUGAGCCGCUUAAGGCUAUUAAGAUAUCUAUGCGAAUCAGCUACUGUUAUUGCUUAAUAUUCUCCGGACACUACUUCGCUAGACAAGUUUUCAAAUCAGAACACGGUUGAAUAGGAACGAGAUUAUAUUCCACAUAACGAAGUUAAGUAUAAGUGACAGUCAUACUGUGAAAACGUUUAGUAAAUUUAUAAUUUAUAUAAUUUAUAUACCUUUUAACUCUGGUCGGCUAAAAACAGGUCAAUCAGCGUGUCGUAACAUCGUUCUGCUUGGAACAUGCAUUAAUCCAAACUAUGGUCUGCGGACGGGGAAUGUAUAAAUUCCUUAGUUAUUUUUGGAAGCAUAAAUAUUAUCAGUAGUGAAAAAUGUAAAUUAGUGCAGGUGGCUAAGAUAUACGGGUUAUCCUUUCGUUAAUUUUGAAUUUUAUGGUUAUCCAUGCUUUCCUCUUAUUUCUUCUGAACUACUAUUCUUAUUUUUAGUUUUGAUUUGCCGUUAGUAUCAUUUUUAUUGUUUGCACCUUUUUUGCAAUCUGUUAGUUUCUUCUCACUCCAUUGAUAUGUGAUAACUUUAAUUGAUAAACAUUUGCAUCAGUUCAUGCAUUUAUGCCUGCUCAUCUGUUCGUUGAUCUUCACCGAUUGCGUAACAAUUUGAAUAGUCUCACAUUUGUGUUUCAAGACGGAGUUACUUCUCAGCAAUAUUCGUUAUUCAGAAUUAAAAUUAAUAUUUGUACUAUUUUCGCCGUUUGCUUUUUCACUAACCGCCUUCAUCUUUUAUGUUUUUCAGGACGUCAUAUUAGUCACCGGUAGUUCUUUAUCUAUCACCAAUGUAUUGUUUAUUUUUUCUUGUUCCAGAUUCCUUGAUAUUCAAACUUAUCAUAUUAAAGUGUUGUUCAAGAUUCCCUGAGACAAGAAUAUUCCAACUAUCCUAUUUAGUUAAUUUAUUCGAUUGUAAUUAAGUAGAACUAUGGGUUGUGUUUAAAGUUUGUUGAUUGUAAUUGCCAUUUACAAUAAAUUAAUUUCUUUGUAUGAAUUAUCCAAUUAAGAUUAUUCUUAUAUAAAACUAUCAUCCUUUUGUUUGUAAGACAUGAGACUUCCGUUUGCUUAAAAAGUACCUUAGUUACUGUCGAUUAGCUGAACUUAGUCCUCACUUCCGCCUAUGUCAACUGUCAGCAGAAGUUAAACGAACUAUGUUUGUGUCACGGUUAGCACUUGUAUCAAAGGGAGUGCCCAAAAUUAUUCGUCUAUGUGGCAAGAAAUUUGCGUACAAAAUAAAUACAAAAGAACAACAGUGUUAUAAAACAUUACUUUCCGAAACCUGGGAAUCGGUUUCUCAUCAGCAUUUUCCAAAUGCAGAAUCCUCAACAGUUUUAGAAGACAGAAAUGUAGAUGAUCUUCCUGUUCAGAGUUCCAGGAGUACAACUACGGACUUUACAAGGACCCUUGCCCCAGAGGAUUUGAACAAAAUUUAUUCUGACGAAGAUCCAUCUUUGCCACCUUUGUCUAUUACAUGCUCAGGAUGUGGAUCACCGUUACAUAGUAAAGCUGCAGGAUAUCCAGGUUUCAUACCCUCGACCGAAUAUAAAAGCAUUAUGUCCAGUAAGGGGCGAUCACUUUCUCGUUCUAAAUACAGAAAACCUGUGCUCACUCUUUGUGUACGUUGUAAUUUACUUCAAAAACACACUGAAGCGUCGAAAGAAACAAUAAAUGAGUCGUCUUUUCUGACUAAAGUAACCCAAGAAAUACAAAAAUACGAAGAUGCGGUUUUAAUCGUUAUUGCCGAUGUGGUUAAUCUUCCACAUUCUUUGAUUCCGGAAUUACAUACAGAAUUAAAGGGCAAAAGGUAUGUGCUUGUUGGUAACAAGGCUGACCAGUUACCAGGUGAUGGACCGCAUUUCAUAGAGAGGUGGUGUUCAGCGUUGUUGGAAGCAGCGAUUUCGAGGAGCAAAAUACCAGAAGAGAAUAUUAAUCACAUCUCCAUCAUUAGUUCAUUGACUGGUUAUGGUAUACCAGAACUAAUCGACUUCCUGUUAUCUAAACGUUUUCAUUGUAAAAGUCCAAUAUAUUUGAUAGGUUCUACAAAUGUCGGAAAGUCUAGUUUAUUCAAUCGUUUAUUAUUGUCAGAUUUAUGUAAAUCAGAAGCCAAAGAAUCUAUUCAUCGAGCUACAAUAUCUUCGUGGCCAGGUACUACAAUGGGCCUCUUAAGUUUUCCAUUAACCUUAAUGAAUUCAGCUAAACGUGGUCAGCGUAUACAAUCACGUUAUGAACAAUCAUAUCAAAAGACUAUACAAAAUAGAGAAUGCAGUUCAUCACAUGGUUUCCGAUAUUUGAAACCAAAAGAAAUUGUUUCUGGUAUUUGUGACAAACGGUCGGCAAACUAUUAUGCAGCAAAAAAGGCUCGUGAAACGCUGCCGGAUUUGUCUACUAUGCCAACAUACACAUGGAAACCUAACGAAAAUUCAAAUUCCAACAAAUCUGGGAUUUGUGUUGGUAGUGAGUUCGGAUUAGAACAGUUGGCUUCUGAGUUAUUUCCUGGAGAUAUUUUCAUUGACAAAGCUUCUUGGGAUGGAGAUCAAAGUACUCGAUUACUAACAAAUAUAUUGAAUCCAAGAUAUUUUAAUGAUCAUGCAUGGUGUUAUGAUACUCCAGGUGUUUUUUGUAAAGACCAGAUUCUUAACUAUCUCUCAUCAAACUUAUUACAUUCUAUGACUAAUUACAAAUCAGAGGGAACUGGUAUUUUCCACUUACCGAAUGGUGUAAAUAAUAAAGUUUUAAUUCCUCGUACAUUUGUCAUGCGGCCAGGUUUGACACUUUUAAUGGGAUCACUUGGUCGUUUAGAUGUUUUGAAAGCUCCAAGUUCUGUUUAUUUUACCACUUUUUCUCAUCUUCCAAUUCAUAUUGUAUCUACUAAAGAAGUUGAUGAGUAUAAAAGUCGAUUUUUCAAAUUUCUUAUGCCAAAAAUUAAAAAUAAUUCUGUAAAUACUGAUAAUUAUAAUAAUACAGUUGGACCUUGUGGUUUACUACCACCAAUGCAAUCAAAAAAUCUUGAUCCUAUUGAAACUGUACCUAAUUUAGAUCAGUCCAACAUAGAUGUUGUUUUAUCCGGAGCAGGAUGGAUCAGUGUAGCUGGUUUAUCAAAGACCAAUCAGAAAUUACUAGAUGAGAAAGAUUCAGAAGAAAUAUCUACUGAAAACAGUGUUGUUGAUGAUGAUAACGAUAAUAAUAAUAAUGAUGAAUUGUUUUGUGCUGAUAUCUUAUUAACAGCAUGGACUCCUGGAGCUUUAGGUAUUUCAUUAAGAAAGCCUUUAAUUCCAUAUGCAAUUAAACGUCGCGGUCAUCGUUUAAAAUGGUUAAGAGAAUUCUCAGGUAUUCGAUGAUCCUUAUAGUUGUGAUUAGUUUUUCUACUGACUCUGUAAAAUAAAUAAAUAAACUUCUAUCACUCAGAAUUUAGUUUUUUUAUUGUUUUAAGAUUAGUAAGUAUUUGGUUGGAGACAUUUUUUUCUUUAGUUGUAAGCGUUUCAGUAACAUGCUCAAAAGUUGUUCCCAGAUUAUCG